CUCGAUGACAUUUCUUCUUUCUCUACCACUCUUCUUCUUCUUCUUCUUCUUCUUCUUCCUCCUCACCACCCUUCUUCCACCUACAACAUGUUCCACCAACCAAACAGACCAACUCUCACUACUAGCCAUCAAAUCCAGCCUCCAAGAUCCACAAGGAGCUCUCUCUUCAUGGAACCAAACACUCCCCUUGUGCAGCUGGAGAGGCAUCCAAUGCCGCGGCAACCGAGUCGUCGCCUUAACCUUGCCCUCUCUAGGCCUCGUCGGAAGCCUCUCCCCGCACAUAGGUAACCUCUCUCUUCUCACCAACAUCACCCUCAGAGACAACUCUUUCCAAGGCCCAAUUCCUCCACAAAUCACUCUCUUACCCAUGCUUCAGCUUCUUGACUUUAGAAACAACUCCUUCAUUGGUCAAAUACCAAAAAAUAUCUACAACUGCACCAACCUCGUGCGCCUUGAUUUCACAUUGAAUUUUCUUUCCGGAGCCAUACCUAAUGAACUAGGCUUCUUGCCCAAACUCGAAACGAUAUCCUUUUCAAGAAACCGAUUUUCCGGGCCUAUCCCUUCCUCCAUUGGUAACAUAACAACCCUCCAAAGGCUGUCUUUAGGAUCAAGCAAUUUCUCCGGGGAGAUUCCCGAGUCACUCGGCCGCCUCCAUAGCCUCGAGUUUCUUCAAUUGAGUGAAAAUAACUUCACUGGUAGCAUUCCUCAUGGUCUGUUUAAUAUAUCUAGUAUUAUAUAUUUUGAUGUCUCUGUUAAUAGUCUUGAAGGAGUUAUUCCUUUUGGUGUCACACUUCCUAAUAUUGCUGUUUUACUUCUUGAGGGAAACCUAUUUAGUGGGCCCAUCCCUAGUUUCAUUUCUAAUGCUUCACUGAUUGAGUGGAUUGUCUUGUCCACUAAUCAAUUCACUGGACCUAUACCAAAUCUUGAGAGGCUUAGUUUAAUUCAAGAUUUCUUUUUACAUUCAAACUUGAUUGAAGAUGACAUGAGCUUCAUUUCAUCAUUGACAAAUUCGACCAAGUUAGAGCGUUUCGAUGUUAGUGAGAACAUGUUGAGUGGUUCUUUGCCGGAAUCCUUAGCCAAUUUGUCUGUUCUUGUGAAUAUUUUUGAUAUACACGAGAAUCAGAUACAUGGAAGCAUUCCUUUAGGAAUUGGAAACCUUGUCAAUCUUGAUGUGGUUGAUCUGUCUCACAAUCUUCUUGAUGGCCAAAUUCCCGUGUCAAUGUCAAAGCUCUCGAAUUUGCAUAACCUUUUUAUGGGAAGAAAUAGAUUUCGAGGCGAACUGCCAUCAUUGUUUGGAAACAUGACUCUUUUGAGUCGAUUCCAGCUAAAUGGGAAUGAGCUUUCUGGAAAUGUGCCUUCCAGUCUUGGCAGCUUCUCCAACUUGCUAGAGUUAGACCUCUCCGAAAACAAGUUCACUGGGUUGAUCCCUCGAGAAAUUAUGAGGCUUUCGUCGCUUUCCAUUGUGCUUAAUCUCUCUCACAAUGCGCUUGAGGGCUCUAUUCCAAGUGAAGUUGGCUCUUUGAGAAACCUCGCGGCUUUGGACUUGUCUAGCAAUAGACUGUCUGGAGUGAUUCCCACCUCUUUGAGUAGUUGCGUUAGCUUGCAACAGCUCUACCUCGAUGAGAAUCUUCUUCAAGGUGAGAUUCCUGCAGGAAUGAGUUCUUUGAUGGGGUUACAACAGUUGGAUCUUUCGCAGAACAAUCUGUCUGGAUCAAUUCCCUCGUUUUUGGAGAAUUUGAAGCUUGAGAAGCUCAACUUGUCCUUCAAUAGGCUACAAGGAGAAGUUCCGUCAAAAGGAGUUUUUACGAACUUAAGUUCGAUUUCUCUUGAUGGAAACCAAGGUUUUUGUGGCGGAAUUGAAGAGUUGAAGUUCCCUACUUGCAAAGGAGUCCAAUCUUCCAAGGGAAAACUGUCUACUUUGUGGAAGAUCUUGAUCCCAAUAGUGGUUAUUGGAGGAUUGUGCAUUGUGAUUCUAGUAUUUCUUAAGUGCAAGAAAACAAAAGAACAUCCUUGUACCUUUGUUUCAUCGGAGGAUACUAUUGGUGGCCAGCUAUUGAGGCUUUCUUAUGCAGAUCUCCUCAAAGCGACAAAUGGAUUCUCCGAGAGUAACGUGGUUGGUUCUGGGAGAUUCGGGUCUGUUUACAAAGCUGUUCUUGAUGACGAGAAAGGCAUAGUUGUAGCAGUCAAAGUGGUUAAUCUUGAGGUCAGAGGGGCGUCAAAGACAUUCAUGGCAGAGUGCAGAGCAUUGGGAGGCAUAAGGCAUAGGAAUUUGGUGAAACUUGUAAGUGUAUGUGAUAGUGUGGACUUCAAAGGCAAGGAUUUCAAAGCAUUGGUGUAUGAAUUCAAAGUCAAUGGGAGUCUAGACAAAUGGCUUCACAACAACGAGGAAGGAAGUAGUGAAGAUUUAAAGUGUCUUAGCAUAAUACAGAAGCUUAACAUUGCCUUAGAUAUUGCUCAUGGGAUUAAAUACCUUCACUUUGGCAGUGGCUCAUCUAUUAUCCAUGGUGAUUUGAAGCCGAGCAACAUUCUCUUAGAUCAUGACAUGGUUGCUUGUGUUGGGGAUUUCGGAUUAGCUAAGAUUUCUUCAAACAUAUUUUCAUCGUCAUAUGAAAGCAACACGAGUUCCUUUGGGAUCAAGGGUACCUUAGGCUAUGUUCCUCCAGAAUAUGGCACGUUUGGGUCAAUUUCUAUGCAAGGUGAUGUGUAUAGCUUCGGGAUCAUCAUUCUAGAGAUGUUCAUAAAUAAAAGACCAACAAAUGAUUUAUUUGGUGGUGAGGUAAAUCUCCACAAAUAUGUGAGCUCUGCUUUAUCACAUGGGUUAAUGGAUAUAAUUGAUCCACAAUUAGAGAUAGGAGAUUUGAAAAUGGAAUUCAUUGGUAGGAUUUUGAGUAUUGGAGUGUCAUGUUCAAAGGAGAAUCCAAGAGAUAGAAUGCCAAUUAAUCUGGUUGAAAAUGAGUUGGCUGACAUUCUAGCUCAACUACAACCUUUUUCUUUGGAUGUAUGAACUAAAUUACCUUCUUGUUUUCUUUUUUAAGUCUAUUUUGUAUUUCUGUUUAUAUUUUUUUGCUUUUAUUUUGUAGUGAUUUUGAGUAGAACAUUCGUCUAUGUCUAUAUAUUAAUUUUGUAGUUUCCUCUUUUGAACUUGAUAUAUGUGUGCUACUAAUGCUCGUAAUUUUUUGUCUAGACGUUUUGUAACCAAAUAAAACGUUCAUUUAGUUUGGAAUAA